GAAAACAAAACCUAUUCUUACCUGGACGCGGAUAAACAAAGCAAUAACGUUGCCAGCGCUUUAAUACUUGUAGUUGUCUAAUGCACUAGUACAGUUCCAAAUGGAAUCUGGUUCAUUCCCUUCUUUCAAGCCACGCGACACCGUUGCAAUGUUUUUAGGGAAUGAACCAGAUUUCAUUUGGAUCUGGCUGGCGCUGGCUAAAUUAGGAUGUGCUGCUGCAUUGCUGAAUUACAACAUCCGAUCAAAAUCAUUGCUGCAUUGCUUCUCCUGCUGCGGGGCUCAUGCGCUAAUCGCUGCACCAGAGCUGAAAGGUGCUGUUGAAGACGUGCUGGCGUCACUCCAAGAGCAGAACGUGUCUGUUUUUAUCCUGAGUGAAGAGUCCACAACACCGGGUAUUGAAAGCCUUAAUAACAAGAUUCAUCAGGCUUCUGACCAGCCACUACCCCAGUCUCUGCGGUCCAAUGUUACCAUCAAAAGUACUGCAGUAUAUAUCUACACCUCUGGCACCACAGGCCUUCCCAAGGCUGCUGUCAUAAUGCAGGAGCGGGUCUGGGCUUCGUCUUUGUUUCAGGAGAUGUGUGGAGUGAACUCUGAAGAUGUCUUCUACCUUAAUUUGCCUUUAUACCACCGCGCAGGGUUUUUGAUGGGACCUACGGGAGCCAUAGGAAAAGGUGUGGUCCUCUUCGUAUCAGUCAUCGGAAAAUUUCAGAGAUAUAAAAUCGGUAUAACCGUUGUCUUACGGCGCAAGUUUUCAGCCUCUCAGUUUUGGGAUGACUGUCGGAAGCACAAUGUAACGGUUAUACAGUACAUCGGGGAGGUGCUGCGCUAUCUCUGCAACGUUCCGAAGAAAGACAGUGAUCGGGAUCACAAGGUUAGGCUUGCUUUUGGCAAUGGUGCCAGAGCAGACAUCUGGAAGGAGUUUUUAAAGCGAUUUGGAGAUAUUCGAAUCAGUGAAUGUUACGGUGCGACUGAGGGGAAUUUGGGCUUUGUCAACUAUGUUGGAAAGGUUGGUGCUAUUGGACGGGAGAUAUUUCUUCACAAGAAACUCUUCCCCUACGCGCUGAUUCAAUACGACACCGAGAGAGAAGAGCCUGUUCGGGACUCCCGAGGUCUUUGUGUCCCGGUUCCCAAAGGGGAGACUGGCCUGUUUGUAACAAAGAUCACCAAAGUGGCUCCUUUCAUCGGAUACGCAAGAAACCCGCAGCAAACUGAUAAGAAGAAGCUGAGAGACGUCUUCGAGAAAGGAGACCUCUACUUCAACAGCGGUGACCUCCUGAUGGUGGACCACGACAACUUUUUGUACUUCCAAGACUUGAUUGGAGACACAUUCAGAUGGAAGGGGGAGAACGUGGCCACCACAGAAGUCUCCGAUACCCGGCUCAUGGUGGAUUGAAUCAAAGAAGCUAAUGUGUAUGGUGUUGCAGUCCCAGAUCAUGAUGGACGAAUAGGAAUGGCUGCUGUGAAGCUAGGGGAGGCUAAGCAACUUGAGUGUGACAAGAUAUACAACCACGUUGUCACCUAUCUGCCCAGUUAUGCAAGACCACGCUUUCUUAGAAUUCAGAGUUCCUUAGAGGUCACUGGAACAUUCAAACAGAUGAAAGUCAAAUUAGCAGAAGAAGGUUUCAAUCCAGCUGUAGUCCAGGAUCCACUCUACUUUCUGGAUGAAAACGAAAAGACAUAUGUACCGAUGACCCAGGAAAUGUACAAUGCCAUCAUUUCAAAACAUGUCAGGCUAUGAGACUGUGCAUGUAAAUGAUCACAUUUCUGACUCAUUUAAGUGUGAUUGAUUAUUCACUUACCAAUAACUAUUAAAUAAGAUAGAUUGAUGAUGUUUUUGUUAUGCCCACUGCUUAUACUUGGGCUAAUAAGGGUCAUAAAAUAAUUUCUUCCUUAAAGUCCCCUUUGGAUACCAUCAGUAACAGCUACACUUGUACAUUAAAUCUAGUACUGUAAUUAUUUCAUAAUGAGAAAAUCAGUUUUCUAAUUAGAAUUUUAUUUUUAAACAUUUACAUACUUUUGUUGCAACAUGACUUUUAAUAUCUUUAUACAUCUCGUAUGGCUCUUAUAGUUUUAAGUCCUUUGGUGCAGCAAGCCUUAUGUAUAAGGAAUGCACGAGAUGGUAUUGUGGUGCACAACACCAGUAAUUCUGAACUAUGCUGAUUGACAAGUAAACCUGUAGACAACCUGCACUAAAACACUGAAAAACCAGAGGGACGUUGAGUGUCUUUAACAACACCUAGAUUUUGGGUAGGAGAAAACCAACUGCUUUACAAAGAGAAGAAAAUACAGUAAUUGUCUUCAAUUUGUAAUGUUGUUAUGACAUGGACCUGUGAUAACUUAUAAAAUACCUUUGAGCAGAUAUAAAGUGACUAUUUCUGUACUAGUUUUAACAUACAAUAUAUUUUGCUUUGUGUUUUAAAAUUGUAACAAUUCCUGCAAUGUGAUUGUAAGCCAGCAAGCAUUACACCAAAUGGAGUAAAGUGACUUUUCUGAAUACUAA